AUGGGGAACCUGUCGACCACUGGAGCAUCACUGGCGCUGCUCUGGGGUUUGUGCUGCUGUCUGUCAGGUGCUCUGGCAACAUCGGAUUUGAAUGCGGCUCUGGGGAAGACGGCGUUCCAGACUAGCACCCUUAACGGGACGCACGGACCCGGGGUUGCCAGCCUUGCUGCAGACGGGAUCACCAAUACCUACAUGAACUACGGCACUGCCACCUGUACACAUACACAGCAGGAGGCUGAUCCUAGCUGGUGGGUGGACCUCGGCCGAUCGUAUAUUAUUGACAGAUUAGUCAUCUUUAACCGCAUGGACUGCUGUCAGGAACGACUAAACCCCUUCAACAUCCACAUCGGGGAUUCCGACCAGGUCAGCGAGAACCCCAUGUGCGGAGGUGAUCAUCAAAUCGACGUGACGAAGCCGUCCGUUUCCAUCCCGUGUCGGUGGAUGGCAGGACGGUAUGUGGGGGUUCGUCUGGCCGGUCUCUCCCGUAUCCUGACGCUAUGCGAGGUACAGGUUAUUACAGAACCAUGCCAGGAGGGGGAUGGGGCAUCCUACCGAGGAACCGUCUCUGUGACCAGGACAGGCAAGACGUGUCAACGCUGGGACAGGCAGUUUCCACAUACACACGACAAGACACCGCAUAACUACCCGUCAUCCGGACUGGAGGAGAACUACUGCCGGAAUCCGGAUGGUGAACCCGGAGUUUGGUGCUUCACCACGAAUCCGUUAGUGCGAUGGGAGCGGUGCGAAGUGCCAGUCUGUGGUGAGGCCUGCAAGCUAUUUAUCACCUUCGUCGAGCCGGGGAUCGAACUUACAACCUACCGAAUGCAAGGCGAGUAUCUACCCACUUAA